AUCGUUGGUUUUUUUUUUAAUAAGAAAAAUAAAAAAAUAACAUUACAUAAUCCAGACAAUAGAAGGAGAAUCAUGCCGUAUUACUAUUCAAUGAUUAAUUUGCAAAUGUCUAUUCAUCAUAAAUUACAUUAUAGUGUUUAUUUGUUUAUUAUAAUCUCUAAUGUAAUUUUAUGUGACUUGGAAUAUAAAAUAAAAAAUCAUUCUAAAAAUGAUAAACAUAUAAAUAUACAAAAAACAUUCAAUGAAGUAUUGAAUAAAUGGAUAGAAACUUAUCAAAUAGAUCAAUCCAAAUAUUCAAUAAAUAAACAAUCUAUAGAUAUUACAAUGAAAAGUAAAUCAAAUCAAUUCAAUCAAUUCAAGGAACUUAAUCCUAAUGAUGAUCGUGGUGGUGGUGGUGGUGGCGGUGGCGGCGGUGGUGAUGAUGAUGAUGAUGAAUCGAUUCAUGGAAAUCAUCUUCAUGAGAUUAAUUAUUUUAAAGAUAAUCCAAAAUAUGAAAAUAAAACAGUAUGUAAAAGUAAAUAUACUUGGAGAGAUAUUUCGUUGCCAUGGAAAAUUUUAAUGAAAAAUUUCAAUCCAAAUUGUACUCAUAUUUUGGGUAAUUUAAUUGUAUCCGGGGUAGAUGAAGAUGAUGAUGUAACCUUGUUAGAUAAUAUAGAAGAAAUAUCUGGUUAUUUAAUUAUAUAUGGAGUUGGUCGUAAAGAAUUACGUUUAUCUCGUUUAAAAUUAAUUAAAGGUCAUGAAUGGAUAUUAUUUAAAUCAAGAAAAGUUGCAUUACUUGUUAUCAGUAAUUAUAAACAAGUAGUUGAACAGAAUGGUGAUUACGCUAAUGAUUCAAUACGAUCGUCAAAUGCAUCAACACAAUGGAUGAUAUCAGUGAAUGAUAAUGUGAAACCGAGGUAUAGUCUUAAUCAUUUACAAUCCUUAGAAAUGACAUCAUUUAUAUCUGUUGUACAAUAUGGUAUCUAUUUUUAUGAUAAUCCUGGUUUAUGUUAUACACCAUUUACAUUAAAAUGGGAUGAAAUGAUUGAAAGUUUAGAAUUACAAACGAUUGAUUUAUAUGCAUUACAUUCGAAUGAGAAUAUCACAUUAUGGUAUGAAUAUUGUCAAUGUAAAUAUUUAAAUUUAUGUCAUAAUCAUAAUGAAACUAAUAUAAAUUUAUCAUUAAUCAAUAUCCAAUCAAACUAUAUUUAUAAUGAGUUACUAAGGGAUAUAAAUGAAGGAUCGGAGAAAAGAAAUUUUAAAAAAAGAGAUAUUAUUGAUUCAAUUAAUCAAUCAAUUAUCGACACUGUCAUGGAAUUUGAUCAAGAUGAUUUGAACACAACCAAUAUUACAUCAAAUGUACAUACUACUUAUUCAAUAUCUCAAACUGGAAACAUUGAUAAUGAGCCUAAUCAUUUAAAUUCAAAUCAUGGUGAUACAUUGGAAUUUCAAAAUAUUGUACAAAAUGAUAUAUUCAUGCCAAAAAUAGGCACAAAAUUAAAUGAAAUUUAUAUGGAUGAUAAUCAUUUGGCUUCAGAAAUGAUUUAUGAUGAAACAACUGUAGCUGUUAUAGAAACACCAUUUGAUAAUCAUACUUCAAAUGAAGUCUUGAAUGAAUCAUAUUUUACAACUGUUAUUUAUGAUACAAACAUACCAGUUACAACAACCAUAGAAACUAAAACACCUAACAACAAUAACUUAGUAUUGAAUACUUAUUCUAUAACUGACCUACCUACUUCUCAUGAAAAUAUCACCAGUUCUAUGAUGGUAACAUUAAAUCAAUACAUCAAUGAAGAUAAUCACACAAAUGAAUUGGAUCUUUUAAAAAGUGAAAAUAAAUCAUUCAUUAAUUAUUCAAUGAAAUAUCCUAGUUUACCUUGUCAUACAGCUUGUCCAUUGAUUCAAGGGAAACGUUAUUGUUGGGGUCCAGGACGAAAUCAGUGUCAAGCAGUUCAUAAAUGUCAAGUUCGUCUAUGUGAAGGAUCGAAUUGGUGUUUUCGUAUAAAAUCUAAUGAAUAUUCUGAAAAAAAUUUAUCUUAUUAUAAAUUUCAAACAAAUUCGAAUUUUCUCACUACAACAAACGAACAAUGUUGUCAUUCUGAAUGUGCAGCUAGUUGUUAUGGUCCAAGAGCUCGUGAUUGUAAUGCAUGUUUACAUCUAUCAAAUCGUGGUGUUUGUACAGAUUCAUGUCCAGCAUCCAAAAAAUAUAAUAAAUCUACAUUUAGUUGGGUAGAAAAUCCAGAUGGUUUAUUAACAUUUGGAAUGAUCUGUGUAAAAUCUUGUCCAAAAACGUAUCUACGAGAUGAUGAUCAUUGUGUAUCAAAAUGUGCACGUUCAGGAUAUAUGGCAUAUCAAGGUGAAUGUAUACCUUGUCCAAAUUCUAUUUGUCCUAAAAUUUGUACAUUAAAUGAAAUUGAGUCAAUUAAAGGGAUUGAUUAUUUACAUCGGAAAUCACUUCAUGCUAUGGAAAAUUGUACAGUAUUUGAAGGUGAUAUAAAACUAUCAAUGCAAUCAUUUAUCGGUGAUCCAUUUUAUAAUUUGUCACAAGUUGAUGAAGGUGUAAAAUGGAAAGAUCUUGUAAUUGGUUUAUCCAAAUUAAAGUAUAUUACCGGAACACUUUAUAUUAGUGCUGGAUCACAUGCUCCAUGGAUGACUAAUUUAACAUUUCUAUCUAAUGUGAAAAUAAUUGGAGGAAUUAGUUCAAAUAUUCAACAAACUCGAACAGUCAAUAUAAAUCUUAAUCAUCAUUUAGAAUUUUUAGGUAUGAAAUCAUUACAAAAAUUAGGUCAUCCAAGUAUAUUAAUUACAGGGAAUCCACGUUUAUGUUAUGUGGAUACAAUUGAUUGGACAAGUUUAUUAUAUGAUGAAACAUUCAUAGAUGAACAUCAUGAUAAUGAUAUAAAGAUUUCAAAAAUAGAUAAAACAUUCAAUAACCAUGACAAUAAUGAUUCAUUAACACAAAUUAUAUUACGUUAUAAGAAAGAAUCAAAAAGAAAACGACCAUUCAAAGAUUCAACUAUUUUUGUUGGUGGUAAUGCUCAUUUUGAAUUUUGUAAAGGACGUGGAGCUGUAUGUGAUGAAUUAUGUCAACCAUCUAAUGGAUGUUGGGGUCCAGGUAAACAAUUUUGUUUUCAUUGUAAAUAUUGGUCUAUUGAUAAUAUUAAUAAUGGAGGAAAAAUUUGUGUUCAAAAUUGUGAAGAUCUACCUGGUUACUAUACACCAAAAUUCAAUAAUACACCUAAUAACUCCGAACAAAUAAUCAAUAAUGGAUUAAAUCUAAUGAAAGAUAUACAAAGUACUUCAAUGAUUGUUAUUAAUCAUGAACUAAACAAGUCUACUGAAUUCAUCAAUAAAUAUCAUCACAAUGAUAAAAAGAAUCAAGUGUUGAACUAUAAUGUUUCAUUAAGACAAUGUAGAAAAUGUUCCGAUAUGUGUCAUUUACAAAAUCAAACAUGUUAUGGUCCUAAUGAUGAUCAAUGUAUUGGUUCAUGUCGAUUUGUACAAGAUGGUCCAUUUUGCAGAGCUUAUUGUCCACCUAAUAAAUAUAUAGAUCCAAUAACUAAGAAAUGUAUGGAAUGUUCACUAGUAUGUACACCACCUGGUGAUAUAUAUAUAAAUAAUAAUUUACUGAAUCAAGAAAUUGAAACCAAAUUGAAAUAUUAUUGUACAGGAUCAGGAGAUUGGCCAGGUGAUGGUGGAUGUAGUUAUUGUAAACAAACAGUUUUAUAUUUAGAGCCAAAAAACUUUAAUCAUCAUUUAAAAUGUAUCAAUAGUUGUCCAUAUGGUACUUAUCAACAUGUGAUUAACUUACAUCACAGAGGAGGUUCCAGUGUAGAUCAUCAAUCAAUAGUUUAUUUCAAUAUGAAAGAACAAAAUGAAAGAAUAUCAUCAAAAAAUAAUUCAUUUCAUCAAUUUUUCUGGAGUCAAACUGAUGCCAAUCUUUUUCAUCAUUUCUCAUCGAAAAUAAUUCAUGAAAUUUCUAUAUGGUUAUUAAAUCAUACUCAACCACAAUUGUAUGGUUUAGCACAAAUCUGUUUACCAUGUCAUGAACAAUGUCAUUCAGAAAUGAUUUCAUUAAGACAAUCAAAUUUAGUUGAAUCAUCUUCUGUUGCAUGUUAUGGACCUAGCCCAGAACAAUGUGUACGUUGUGCUUAUGCAAGUUAUCAAGGUCGUUGUGUUUCCACUUGUCCAUCAGGAACUUAUCCAAAAAAGAAAUCAUUUCGUAAAUUUGAUUCAACUUUAAUAAAUGAUUAUUUUAUUGGAUAUUUACCGGAUAAUAUUACAUCAAUUGAAUGUUUAUCAUGUCAUAAAGAAUGUGAAAUUAGUUGUAGUGGUCCAACAGCGGAAGAAUGUACACGUUGUCGACAUGUGAAAAUUUAUCAUGAUUCUCAAAUGAAAUCAUGGUUAUGCAACACUACCUGUCCUGAUUAUAGUCCAUUUCAAAUAUCUGAUAGAAAAACUGGUGAACUGAUAUGUUCAAGUGAUUCUAUUCAUUUACAUAUUAUACCAUAUUAUAAUAGACAAUAUCCCAUUGAUCAUCAUCAUCAUCAUGAGAAUACUUCAACAAUGAAUGAUCCUAAUUAUAAUUUAUCUGAUUCAAUUGAAAACCUUAAUCUUCUUCAAAAUGUUCAUAUUAUGAAUUAUAUUUGGCAUAAUCAUCAAUUAUCAACACAAACUGCUGGUCUUAUUUCAGCAUUAUCUGCAUUAUUUAUUAUGUUAUGUUUAUUAUGUUUAAUUAUUUAUUGGACUAUUCAUAUUCGAUCUAAAUAUAUAAGAAUGGAACAAGAUCUUAAUGAUGAUCAGGAUCAGGAUCACGAUCAUGAUGAUCAUGAUCAUGAUGAUGAUGAUCACGAUAAUAAUCAAUUAAAUCAAUCAUGUUUUAUAUCAUUACAUAAAAUUUGUAAAAAAUUUUGGACACAAGGUAAACCAAAAUUAAGAAAAAAGAAAAAAACAAAAAUAUCUACCAUAGCAACUAAAAAUGAUCGAUUUUUAUUCAAUAAUAAUAAUAAUAAUAAUACAUUGAUCAAUUAUUCAAAUAAUAAAUUAAUAAAAGAGAAAUUAUUUAAUCCAUUCAAUUGGAAUAAUUCAUUAAUACCAAUGAAUAGUAGUAUAUUAUUAGAUAAAGAUAAUAAAUGGAUAAAUCAUAUGAAUGAAGAAAUAUCUCCUACUCAUUCAGAAUCUAUAAAACCAAACAUGGCAACAUUACGUAUCAUUACUGAAUCAGAAUUAAUACGUGGUCCAUUAAUUGGUUCUGGUGCAUUUGGUACAGUUUAUUGUGGUAUAUGGUGUCCGAAAUUGACUCAACAAAAGCAUGAUCCUAUUCAUAAUGAUGCAUAUAAUACAAUAACAAAUUCCAUUAUAACAUCAACUUCAAAUGUAUUCAAUUCCAGAACAUUUGAUUGGAAUAAAUAUACCAAUGAUAUAGAAACUAUUCCAGGAGGAUACAAUCUACAUAUUCCAGUAGCUAUUAAAGUCUUAUCAGAUUCAUCUGAUCCACAAACGAAUAAAGAAUUAUUAGAAGAAGCAAAAGUUAUGGCAACUGUUGAUCAUCCAUGUUGUGUACGAUUUUUAGCUUUAUGUCUUACAUCUAAAUUACAAUUAAUUACACAAUAUUUACCAUUAGGUAGUUUAUUAGAAUUUGUUAAAAUACGUUGGGAUUUUAUUGAAGUCAAUUCAUUAUUUCAAUGGUCUGAACAAAUUGCUUCUGGUAUGACAUAUUUAUCAUCACGUGGUAUUAUACAUCGUGAUUUAGCUGCACGUAAUGUACUUGUUCAAUCCAAAGAUCAAGUCCAAAUAACUGAUUUUGGUUUAGCUAAAUGUUUAGAUACAAUACAUAGUGAAUAUCAUGCUAGUGGAGGACGUAUGCCAAUUAAAUGGCUUGCAAUUGAAUGUAUACAAGAUAGAAUAUUCUCAAGUAAAUCAGAUGUUUGGGCAUAUGGUAUAACUUUAUGGGAAAUGUGUACAUUUGGGCAUCGACCAUAUGAAAAUAUUCAUGCAAGAGAUUUAUUAGAUUUUUUAGAGAAAGGAAAUCGUUUACCUCAACCAGAAACAACAAGUCUUGACUUUUAUUGUUUAAUGUUACAAUGUUGGCAAGCAGAUCCAAAUCUUAGACCAACAUUCAAAGAAUUAUGUUCAGCUUUAUGUGAAAUGAAAGCAACACCUAAUCGUUACUUAUUCAUAACGCCUGAACUUCGUAAAUAUAAUUUAACUAAUCAAAAUAUAACAAAAAAUGCAUUAGAAUUUUUAACUCAUUGUAUUACUACUACUGAUACAACGAUACCAUUAACAUCUACUCAAACAAAUAUAAGUAGUAUAGAAUCAUAUCAACAAAUUUAUCAUCAUAAUUCAUUCAAUGAGAAUCAUUCAACAAUGAUUGAAGAUUAUACACAAUAUACACAAAUGAAUUAUGAUUGGUUAAAAAAUUUAUAUGUCAAUAGUAGAAUUAAUUUAUUCCCGGGGGAAUAUGUUCAAACUAUAUUAGAUAAUUAUAAUUAUUUAAUUGGAAUUAACACAUAUGACGAUAAUAAUAAUAGUAAUAGUAAUAAUCAUAGUAGUAAUAAUGGUAGUAAUCAUAAUAGUAAUAGUAACAGUAAUGAUAGUAAUAGUAAUAAUAGUAAUAGUAAUAAUAAUAGUAAUGGUAAUCAUGGUAGUAGUGGUAAUAGGAAGAAUAAUAAUAAUAGUAAUCGUAAUAAUAAUAAUAGUAGUAGUAGUAAUAAUAAUAGUAAUAGCAAUGGUAAUAAUAAUAGUAAUGGUAAUCAUGGUAGUAAUGGUAGUAGCAAUAAUAAUAAUGAUAGUAAUCGUAAUAACAAUAAUAGUAGUAGUAGUAAUAAUAAUAAUGGUAGUGGUAAUAGUAGUAAUGGUAAUGAUAAUGGUAAUAAUAAUAGUAAUAAUAAUUAUAUUCGGUUUCAACAUCAAAUCAAUAAAGAUUCAUUAUCAAAUCAAUUAGUCAAUAAUAGAAACAUCAAUGAUCAUAGAGACAAUAGCAGUGCUGAUUGUGAUAAUAUUAUAAUUGAUACCGAAGAGAUAUAUGUAGUGAAUGAAGAGAAUUCAUUAUCUCUAUUACAAGUAGAUAGUUGCCAAGUAACUGAUCAAUAUGAUAUGAAGAAUGUUAAUGAAGAAUGUAGUUGUAAUGAAGUUUCAUCAUUAGAACAAAAUCAAUAA